UCACUUCUGACUAAGCUGCAGCUGCAGCGAACACUCCAGAGUCCCUUCGCUCUUCUCUGUGUGACUUCUCAUCAUUCUCCUGCACACCUACAAAAGCUCCUUCGGAUAGACUCCAGCCAUGAGCUAUGAAGACCAGUUUCUGCUCUUUGAGGGCCUGUUCGAUGACAAUGACACAACCGACCCGAGCUAUGUGGUCAGCAAAACUGUUAAGAUCUGUUCGAAGCAGAGUGUCAACAACUUUGGGGCAACAUUCAUCCCAGUUUUCUACUAUGUCAACUUCAUCUUGAGUUACCUUGGCAACGGGCUUGUCCUCUUCAUCAUCUACAAGUAUGAAAAACUUAGCACAGUGACAAACAUCUUCCUCCUGAAUUUGGUCCUUUCCAACAUUCUCUUUGCCACCAGUCUCCCCUUCUGGGCGACAUACCAUCAGUCAGAGUGGAUUUUUGGCACAUUUCUGUGUAAGAUGGUCAGCAGCGCCUACUUUAUUGGCUUCUACAGCUCCAUUCUCUUCCUCACACUCAUGACAUUUGACCGAUACCUCGCAGUGGUGCAUGCAGUGGCAGCUGCCAAGAGCAGGAAAAAGGCAUAUGCCAUUAUUGCUUCAGUAGUGGUUUGGUGUAUCAGUGUUGUAGCAAGCGUGAAAGAGCUGGUUCUCCAGAAUGUGUGGAAGAAUGCGUUCAGUGGACUCAUGUGUGAGGAGUCAGGAUUCCCUGAAAGCACAAUGGAGCGCUGGCGUCUGGUCAGUUAUUAUCAACAAUUCCUGCUGUUUUUCCUCCUUCCUCUCUUCAUGGUAAUGUACUGCUACGUCAGCAUCACCGUCCGUAUCCUGUCUACCCGCAUGAAGGAGAAGUGCCGUGCCAUCAAGCUCAUAUUUGUUAUCAUUCUCACUUUCUUCGCUUGCUGGACACCCUACAACAUCGUCAUCCUCCUUCAAGCUAUACAGAUUUCCAGCCACGGAGAGGAUGAUGACUGUAGUGAAUCUGAGAGUUUGGACUAUGCCUUGUAUGUCACCCGCAACAUAGCAUUUCUGUAUAGUUGUAUCAGUCCUGUGUUUUAUACAUUUGUGGGAAAGAAGUUCCAGAGCCACUUCAGAAAGUUAGUGGCAAAGAAGAUCCCCUGUCUGAAGAGACAUAUCAGCCUCAGUAGCCAGAGCACCAGAACCACAUCACAGCGGACACCACACUCUGCUUAUGAAUACUAGGAACACACACACCAAAUUAAUGUCAAAUGUCAGUGUAAUGGUAUGCAUUUCCUGGGGACUAAGUGCUUAGUGUAACCUUAUUAGUGUAACCCUUACAACUAUUAAUCCAACCCUAAACAUUAUCCUUUUGUUAGCCUAUGCCAAACAUUACUCUAACCUUAUGUGUUCUCCUUUAAAUUGAAAUAUUUACCUUAUGGGCACUUGUUUAUCCUCCCCAUAAGAAAAACAAGUCCCAUUAAUUUGAUUGUCUAUAAAGAUGUAGCUCCUCACAACAUGAGUAAUACCUUGACAACACACACACAUACUCAGCAAGUAAAGCGAGCCAUCAUUGGUUUGAUUCCUAGCUCCUCCAGUUUGCAUAACAAAGUGUCCUUGAGCAGGAUACUGACUCCCCUGAUGACUGUUUCAGCAGAUGUUUAUAGAAAAAGUGGAACAUAUGGUAGCACUGUAUGAAUGUGAAUGUGAAUGUGAAUGCAUGACUGUGGCUUGUAUUGUAAAGUGAGUAAAUAUCACUCUUAAAUAAAAAUUAUUAAAUUUUCUUUUAUCAUUAAAUGUAUUAGAUAAUUUUGUCAAUGAUUGCAUAUUGUUUAUUCUAUUCAAAUGUACCUCUUUUUGAAAGGGUUACAUGAGGAAGACUUGCUUUGUGACUUUUUAUGCAUAUCUUUAAUUGUACAAACCAGAGCUGCAGAAUGCUUCUGCCUUUGAUCACAUUUUAUGUAGAUAAACUAUGAAUUUGAUAAUGUCAGCCCAAAAUGUUUUACCACAUGUGCAGAGCUGGUAAUUCAUUGAGAAUGAAAAGGCAAACAUAUUUAGUUCAUGUCAACAAAUUCAAUGAAAAGAUCAUAACCAACAUUGUAGUCCUCUCAAUAAUUUUGAGUCCCAUAUCCAAACAUUGGCUCUCAGUACGUACAUGUUUUAAAACAGCUCAGACAUUGUUGUAAACUUUAGAAAGGUUUGAACCAACAGUGUGUAGAUUACAAUGAUAGAGAUAAUGCUGCUCAUAGACAUGUGAGUGAAUGGAUGAAUUCACCUUGUACUGUAUACUAUAUUCUAAUACAGUCCAUUGGCCAUUUACCAUUAUUUAAACUCCUGCACCCUACAGUGCAGUACAGUGUGUUUAGCAGCACAGUGGAGGACAGACAGGAUUUUGUGGGACAGCAUUGUUUUUAAGUCUUUAAAUUGUCCUUAUGAUGAUUUCAUGCAUAUGCUCCAAACGUGGUCUGGAGUUCCAGUCUUUUUGAUUCAGUGUAUACUUGUAGAGGUUUGAUUUAUUUGACUCAUCUUGUACCAUUGCUUUGAAAUUAAUUCUGUAUUACCUUUCCAAUAAAUAUCACAAUCACACUGUU